AUGGCGCACGGGUAUGGACAUCAAGGGCCGUCAGGCAUGCCAAAGCAGUUCGUGCUCUGUUUCGAUGGCACGGGAAAUAAGUUUGCCGGUGACGAGUCCGACAGCAAUGUGCUCAAGAUUUUUCGCAUGCUUGAUCGCAGCCAAAGCCACCAGUACCAUUACUACCAGCCUGGUAUUGGCACAUAUGUGACCUCCAAGUCACUCUCCAGUCACGGCCGCAUCCAGCGUAUCAAGUCUGCAUAUCAAAAGGCCAAGGACUCGGCGGUCGGGUCCUCUUUUGACGAGCAUGUCAUGGGUGGGUACAAGUUCUUGAUGCGAUACUAUUCCCCAGGCGACGAGAUCUUUUUCAUCGGCUUUAGUCGCGGCUCAUAUAUCGCGCGAUUCUUGGCCGAAAUGCUUGACUAUAUCGGUCUGCUCGAAGCUGGAAAUGAAGAACUGGUCCGUUUUGCGUGGAAGACAUUCGCGAAAUGGCAGCAGCGAUCCGACGACACAGAAGAGGAACGCGAAGAGAAGAAGAAACUCUUCGCCUAUAUGAAGGCCUUCCGUGAAACUUUCAGUCGUCCGAUCUCGCGUAUCCGUUUCAUGGGUCUGUUUGAUACUGUGAACAGUGUGCCGCGCUUUGAGUCCGCGUGGAUGCAGCGCACCAAGUUCCCCUAUACAGCACGCAGUUCAGCCAAGAUUAUUCGCCAUGCCGUGGGAAUUGAUGAGCGCCGUGCCAAGUUCCGUCAAGAUCUGAUCUCUGGUCCUCGCCCUCGCGGACAGAAGCACCACCGUCACCGUCCCCACAUGCCCAAGAAUCCGCUUGAGAGUCACAUGGAGCGUCACCGUGAUGCCCAGCAUCAUCUGCAUCUCUUCCACCAAGACCAUAAAGAGCAAAAGGAUGAGAAGAACGAUGAGCACUCUGGUGCUGUUCCAUCUAUCCGUUUCAACGACGGCUCCGAAGAGGAAAAGAAAGACCCUACGACUGCCGCGCCUGAGCUUCAACUUCCCGGAUGGGGACCUAACACGGGGGAGUCAUACUAUCAUAGCGCGCACCACGCACACCAGAGCUCUCAACAGACCUCCCGCGCAGGAAGUGAAACCGGCGCCACACAGCCACAUGUAUACCGCGCACCAUCGCCUAGGCGCAGCCUCGCAGUGCCAAAGGCCUCAAUGGACGAUCUGCAUUCAGUACGCAGCAAAGAAUCCUGCCAAAGCGGACAAUCGAACGUUCUCUCCGUGCACAUCCCGGGAGACGAAUCCAGCGAAGACGAGGACGACCAGGAUAUCCACGAGAUCUGGUUCCCCGGCUGCCACGCAGACAUUGGCGGAGGCUGGAAGCUUCAUGACGGCGAGCUGUGGGCACUCAGCCAUGCGCCUCUGGUCUGGAUGACCCAGGAGGCACAAAAGGCCGGUCUCCAGCUGGACGAGCGCAAGAUGAAGCAGUUCCAAUGUCUCGAGGAGUAUUAUGGCGACUACACUCCCAUCCGGGAAGAGAUCAAUGCGCGCCGGCCGAGUCGCUGUGUCGAGGACCACGCCGAUGAUCCUAAUAUGUUCCGUACCGCGCCUGAUGAGAAGGAGCGCUCGGCUGCAAGCCGCGAUUUCUGGCAUGCGCUGCAUACCUCCAGUACGAAGGGUCUGAUGCACGACUGUCUGAUGUUUAACCAGGGCAUUCCUGCCAUGUCUGUUAUUACGUGGCGCAUCAUGGAGUGGUUGCCGUUCCGCCGGAUGGAUUUGCAGGCCGAUGGAUCCUGGAAGCCCAUUAGCUGGCCGCUGCCUCGUGGUGAGGUGCGUGAUGUCCCUUCUAAUGCUGAAGUUCACGUCUCUGCUAUUCGUCGCAUGCAGGCGAUGGAGGCGUACCGUCCUGGCAAUGUGAUUGUUGGUGGUGGUGGUCGCGGCAUUCGCGUUGCGCCGGCUGAGUAUGGUAUGGGUGAGUGGGUGGUUUUCAGGAAUGAGGGUGAUCCUGUGCGUGAAACUUAUAUCCGCAAGGACGUUUCUAAGUGUAAGGAAGGUGAGGAGAACGGUCAAACGAAUGGUCGGAAGACCAACCCUGUGUCCUAA